AUGGAGUCGUCGGCGACCGCAAAGAAGGGUAGCAUCGUCCUCUACCCCUCCCCAGGAAUUGGGCACCUGGAACCCUUGUUAGAGUUCGCAAAGAUCUUGGUGGGGAGAGGUUUCCCAGUGACGAUCGCCAUGUUAGAUCCUUCUUACAUCUCUGGCUACGCCGCUGCCUUCAUCGACCGUGUCGCUAAAGCCCACCCAAACAUCCUAUUCCACCGCCUCCCAGCCGUAACGCUUCCGCCUUUGGACAACAAUGAACCCCUCACCUUCGAGCUCAUCCGGCUCAGCAAUGCCAACCUCCACCGCUACCUCGCGUCGAGCUCGCCGAUCGCCGUCGUCCUAGACUUUUUCUGUGCCGCGGCCCUCGAUGUCGUCACUGAGCUGGGCAUCCCUGCUUUCUUCUUCUUCACCUCCUGCGCCGGCGCUCUGGCCGCCUUUAUCCAUCUCCCAGUGAUUGACAAAGCAACUACGGAAAGUUUUCAAAAUCUAGGCGACACACUGAUCCAAUUCCCCUGCCUCCCGCCGAUUCCUGCAAGUCACAUGGCGGUCCCGUUGCUUGAUCGGCGGCACGACAGCUACACGGGAUUCAUCAAUCUCGCCACCCGCAUUAUAGACGGCGAUGGUAUCAUCGUGAACACCUUUGAGGCGCUUGAGCCGGCCGCGUUGGUGGCAAUUAGAUCAGGUCUCUAUCUCCCAGAGGGCGUCCGCACACCGCCCAUCUACUGCGUCGGCCCCCUGAUUGCUUCAGAAGACCAGGAGAGGGGGGCAAGGGCGGAGUGCCUGUCAUGGCUGCACUCGCAGCCUCCAGCGAGCGUCGUUUUCCUCAGCUUCGGGAGCUUGGGCCUCUUCUCCGAGGAACAACUCCGGGAGAUCGCCAACGGACUGGAGACCAGUGGGCAGAGAUUCCUGUGGGUCGUCCGGAACCCACCAACAAAAGAGGAGUCUACGAUAGACGAGAAACAACGCGAACCCAAUCUCCACUCGCUGCUGCCAGCAGGCUUCCUCGAGCGCACCAGGCGGCGGGGAAUGGUCGUCAAGUCCUGGGUCCCCCAGGUGUCGGUGCUGGCUCACGAGUCGGUGGGCGGUUUCGUGACUCACCUCGGCUGGAACUCAGUGUUGGAGGCCAUCUGCGCCGGCGUUCCUAUGGUGGGCUGGCCACUGUACGCUGAGCAGCGGAUGACCAAGGUGUUCUUGGCGGACGGUCUGGGUCUUGUGGGCGUGAUGGAAGGCUACGACAAGGGUCUCGUGUUGGCUGCCGAGGUGGAUGCCCGGAUCAGGUGGCUGAUGGAAUCGGAGGGCGGAAGUGCCCUUAGGAUGGAGACGUCCGUUGCCAAGGAGGCGGCCGCUGCCGCCAUGAAGAAUAGCGGAUCGUCCCAAAGGGCCCUCGAAGAGUUUGAGAGGGCCCUCUCUAUCCCACGGCUUCAAUAA